CGUAGGAUACGCGAGGCGGCACUCAUCGUCUGGGACGAAGCGCCCAUGUCUCCGGGGCUCCAACUGACGGUGGUCGACCGGUUGCUGAAGGACAUAAUGCAAUCGGAACUACCGUUCGGUGGUAAGACGGUUCUAUUCGCGGGUGACUUCAGACAGAUACUGCCGGUGGUCCGCAGGGGGACGAGGGCCGCGAUCGUGGCGGCUUCAAUCAGGCACCACCAUCUGUGGGACGUCUUCGAGCGUUUCAGCCUGACGCAGAACAUGCGGGCCAACAACGACGCGGACUUUGCCGCCUGGUUGCUUCAACUCGACAACGGCCAGCUGCCCGCGGUCGACGGAAAUGUGAACACCGUCGAAAUCCCCAGGAAUAUGGUAUGUGACAUAGCUAAUUUGAUUGAUUUUGUUUACCCGCAGCAAAUGUCGUUGGCUAACGUCGACGACUUUGCUCGGAAAAUUAUUCUCUGUCCCCGGAACGAGGAUUGUAGACAGGUCAAUCGCACGGUGCUGCAACGCGUCACGGGUGCCGCGAGAACCUACACCGCCAUAGACACGGUGGUGGCGGACGACGUGGACGAGAUUGCCAACUACCCGACCGAGUUUUUGAACUCGCUGGAGCCCGACGGACUUCCUCCAUACAGGCUGACGCUGGUGGUCGGUUCCGUGGUCAUGCUGCUGCGGAACCUCGAUCCGAAAAUCAGACUGUGCAACGGAACAAGGCUGUUGAAAAAUGGUGAACAACUGUGUUUGGUGUGGAAACAUUGAUGCCGCCAUGGAGUUUCUAUACACAAGU